GAGAGUCGCGGUUGUCCUAGUGUUAUUGGCGUGUGUUGUUAACGGUGAGGAGAUAUGUGCUCCCAACCAAUGGGAGGAAUUCAGGCUGUCGUCACGGGGACGGAGGAGGCAGGGACGUUGACGCUGAUUCAGAGUUCAACCCGAUUCUCCUUUGAUGCCAACAAUACCAGAAUAGCCGCUUCUACAUCCGGGUCUCGAAAUGGCAGUGGUUUCCAGAAGGACUUCCUGUUCCUGUAUCAGACGGGAAGAGUGUACAUCAUAGAAGGAGGAAGAUGUCGGGCAUAUCAACUCCUCCAACACUUCCCUUCUCCAUGUCUUCCUCAGACCUUCACGUCGACCUGGGCCAUGAUGUGGGACGGAUUUGUCACUUUUACCGACAAACUAUUUAUGUUUGAGUUUGUGGGUGAUCUACACGACCUGUACUGUCACGUGCAAGUGUUGGCUUACACGAAACUUCCUGUCUAUAUGCAGCAAAAUGGAACUGUCGACCAGGAUCCCGUUUUCCGCACGACAGCCUACACUAAUGCAACCCUGGGGAUAAAGAACCCGGAUGUAUUCACGCUCCCGUCUAUCUGCAAGACAGCAGAAGUAGAGGGCACUUUCGACGCUCCAGACUAUUUCAUCGGAUUGAAUUUCGAGUGAGGUUGUGUAGGGUUCUCCCAAGGGACAAUAUCUUAAGUAACUGUGAAUAAAGUGAAAGGAGUAUUCACUUUUAUCAAGUUUGUCUUGUAGAUGAAGUUUCAAAAUUAUGGUGAUAUAAAUAAAAUAAAUCCCUAGUUUGUCGAUGCCUUAAAA